AUGUAUUCUUCCAAUUCCCGUCGUGCUGCGAGCAUUCUGGCUUGCAUUGUGUCCCUGACGCAGCUAGGCUUUGCGCAAAGCCCUUUUCCUGACUGUGAGAACGGACCAUUGAGCAAAAAUGCCGUGUGCGACACUACACUUGACCCCGUCACCCGGGCACAGGCCCUGUUGGCGGCGAUGACGCUGGAGGAGAAGAUCAACAAUACGCAGUACAACUCUCCGGGAGUUCCUCGCCUCGGACUCCCAGCAUACAAUUGGUGGAGUGAGGCAUUGCAUGGAGUCGCUGGGUCACCGGGCGUCCAUUUUGCGGACAGCGGUAACUUUAGCUAUGCGACGUCCUUCCCAAGCCCAAUCACAUUGGGUGCGGCCUUUGACGAUGACCUUGUCAAACAAAUCGCAACGGUCAUCGGUACGGAGGGACGAGCCUUUGGCAACGCCGGGCAUGCAGGCUUGGAUUACUGGACUCCAAACAUCAACCCCUAUCGCGAUCCCCGCUGGGGUCGUGGCCAGGAGACCCCAGGGGAGGACCCAUUCCAUACCUCGCGGUAUGUCUACCAUCUCAUCGAUGGUCUCCAGGAUGGGAUUGGGCCGGAGAAGCCCAAGAUCGUGGCGACCUGCAAGCACUUUGCGGGCUACGACAUCGAAGAUUGGGAGGGGAACGAGCGAUACGCUUUCGAUGCAGUCAUUUCCGACCAGGACAUGGCGGAAUACUAUUUUCCCCCGUUCAAGACAUGCACGCGCGAUGCGAAGGUCGACGCGGUCAUGUGCAGCUACAACUCCGUCAACGGUAUCCCCACCUGCGCGGACCCGUGGUUGCUGCAGACGGUCCUUCGCGAACACUGGGAGUGGGAAGGCGUCGGCCACUGGGUGACCAGCGAUUGCGGCGCCAUCGACAACAUCUACAAGGACCAUAAAUAUGUCGCUGACGGGGCCCACGCCGCUGCUGUGGCGGUAAACGCAGGCACUGAUCUUGACUGCGGAUCGGUCUAUCCGCAGUUCCUGGGCUCUGCGAUCUCGCAAGGAUUGCUCGGAAACCGGACUCUGGACCGGGCGUUGACGCGGCUGUACUCGUCCUUGGUCAAGCUCGGAUAUUUCGACCCAGCGGCCGACCAGCCGUACCGCUCCAUCGGCUGGAGCGAUGUUGCCACGCCGGACGCGGAGCAGUUGGCACACACGGCGGCUGUGGAGGGCACCGUGCUUCUCAAGAAUGAUGGCACGCUCCCGCUGAAGAAGAAUGGGACCGUUGCGAUUGUCGGACCUUACGCCAAUGCCACCACGCAGCUGCAGGGUAACUACGAAGGUACUGCCAAAUAUAUUCACACAAUGUUGUCAGCGGCAGCACAGCAAGGAUACAAAGUCAAGUAUGCCCCUGGCACCGGGAUCAAUUCGAACAGCACUUCCGGGUUCGAGCAAGCCCUGAACGCAGCUAAGGGGUCGGACCUUGUCAUUUACUUUGGAGGAAUCGACCACGAGGUGGAGGCGGAGGCUCUAGACCGGACAAGCAUUGCGUGGCCUGGCAACCAGCUUGAUUUGAUUCAGCAACUCUCCGAUCUGAAGAAGCCGCUUGUUGUCGUUCAGUUCGGAGGUGGCCAGGUGGAUGAUUCUUCAUUGCUGUCGAACGCAGGCGUCAACGGACUGUUGUGGGCGGGUUAUCCCAGCCAGGCUGGAGGCGCGGCCGUGUUUGACAUUCUGACUGGCAAGACUGCCCCGGCCGGACGUCUCCCAGUGACACAGUACCCGGAAGAGUAUGUUGAUCAGGUGCCAAUGACCGACAUGAACCUGCGACCUGGCCCCAGCAACCCGGGUAGAACCUAUCGUUGGUACGACAAGGCUGUGAUCCCCUUUGGAUACGGCAUGCACUAUACAACUUUCGAUGUCUCAUGGAAAAGGAAGAACUACGGGCCCUACAAUACAGCAGCUGUGAAGGCCGAGAACGCAGUCCUGGAGACCUUCUCUCUGCAGGUGAAGAAUACAGGAAAGGUCACUUCGGACUAUGUCGCUCUUGUCUUUUUGACGACCACCGACGCUGGUCCCAAGCCGUACCCGAUCAAGACACUCGUUGGAUACCAGCGGGUCAAGGCGAUCCGGCCAGGAGAGCGCAAGGUUGUUGACAUUGACGUGACGGUAGGGUCGGUGGCGAGAACAGCAGCCAACGGAGACCUGGUUCUUUAUCCUGGAAGUUACAAGUUGCAGGUUGAUGUGGAGAAGGAUUAUCCUACGGCAGGUUUCAAAAUCGCUGGCAAGGAGGUUGUGUUGGACCAUUUCCCCCAGCCGCCGCGGAACGCCACCAAGGCAUAG